CAACUAUAUUGGUCGAGGAACAAAAGGUAAAAGAAAAGCAAAAAUAGAAGUAGAUAAAGAUGAACCCUACCCCCUUCAAACCAGAUAAACCUUAAUGUCGGACCAACAUCUAACUAAAGACCGAAGAACCUGAGAGUAAAAUACGAUGGCUUGGGCUAUAUCUGCAGCAACCUCCAUUCUCACUUGCUCGAGCUCAUAUUCAAAUCUGUUGUUGCCCCUUAACUUUUGGUGCCCAGUUCAAGCUCAACCCAAGAAGCCCUGUUUUCAUGCUCGUUUUUCAGUGAUUUCAAGCAAAAGAAAUCCUAACUUCAUUUGCAGGGCUGAAAAGGAGUACAAAUUCCCUGACCCAAUUCCAGAAUUCGCUGAUUCAGAGAGUGAGAAGUUUAAAAACCAUUUGUUGAAGAAGUUGUCCAAGAAGGAGGAUAUGUUUGGGGAUUCUAUUGAUGAAGUUGUUGGAAUUUGCACUCAGAUUUUCAAUAAUUUCCUGCACACGGAGUAUGGGGGCCCCGGAACACUAAUGGUGGAUCCUUUCAUCGACAUGGCAGAUACCUUAAAUGAGAGAGGCUUACCUGGUGGGCCUCAAACGGCCCGGGCGGCUGUUAAAUGGGCUCAGGCCCAUGUGGACGAGGACUGGGAUGAGUGGACUAGCAGCUAGAGCUUUUAUCGGUUGUUUGUGAGACGCGAACAAGAUUCAAGAUAUUAGCCUACUAAGUGUGGCUGUGUGCUUAAGAAUUGUAGCUAGCAGUCUAUGGUUUAACCAUUGCUGAGCUGCUGUUGUGCUGCCACCAGGACCGACACUAGCGCUCCAGUCCCAGCGCUGUGGAGUGCAUUUUUUUUUAAAUGUUAGUUGAGUUUCUUAAAUAUAGUAAUAGGUAUCUAAUGUUUUAGUUUAUAAUUUGACUAUUUCUAUUAUUUAAUUUCUGUUUGUUAAAUUUCAAAUAUUAUGAUAAUUAUUAUAUUGCUGCUUUGUGUUUUCAGUUUAAUAAUCAUUUGUGUUCUUACCCUUUGUGAAGAUAUUUUGAUGUUAUUUUUGUUACUUGGGCAUAGUGAAUGCGUCAUCUAUAACAUCGUGUGACUUAUGUAGUCGAGGUCUCAUCAUGGCGAAUUACCUCGUCUCGUGCCAAGGUCAUGGGCCAUUGCCGUGCCAUUUAAAACUAUGUAAUGGACAUUUGAUCUACUGUUCCAUGUGUAUUUCACUUUCACUCAUUUGGAUGAUUGCCAUUUAAAACAAUGUAAUGGACAUUUGAUCAA